AUGGAUGAUCAACAGGAGUCGUCCAAGGCAUUAUUUCGUGAAUAUUUGGCCGAACUUCCAAGAAAAUGUAAUUUUAAGUUAACUCCAGAUGUGUUGAAGCAGAUAUAUUCAACAAUUGGUACUUUUAUGCUUCUCACGGAAGCCGAUCUUGAUCCCCAAGAUAACAAUCAUUAUCAUGUUGGUCGUCCUUGCGUCCGCAAGUUUCUUAAAGGAGAAACUUGCUACCGUUGUUUAACAUGUGGUUAUGAUGAAACUUGUGCACUUUGUUCUUAUUGCUUUCAACCAGAACGUCAUAUAGGGCAUCAAGUUCACAAAAGUAUUAUACAAAGAGACAACGCUGGUUGCUGCGAUUGUGGUGAUCCAGAGGCAUAUGCAAAUCCUCGCUGUGAUUAUUAUAAUGGUAUAGGUUUAUCUAAGGAUAAUCACAAGUUACAACCGCCGUCUCCUGAAUAUAUUGAAAAUUUCAGUGAUAUGCUUUCAAUCCUUCUUGAUUAUGUUAUUGACGUCUUAUCACAAUCAAUUUCGUGUUUGGUUUCGCCAGUUACAGUGGAAGAAGUUCAAAAAUUAAGUGACGCUUCCAGACUUGAUCAAUCUACGUAUGGAACGAGCGAUCCUAAUUCUAUGCAGUAUGCCUUAGUUGUAUAUAAUGAUCUGAUGCAUCAGUAUCGGGAUGCCGUUCAAAGAGUGAGAUUUGCAACGGGAAAGGUUCCUGAAUUUGCAAAAAUGAUUGUUGAAAGGUGUCAGAUACAUGGAAGGGCAAUUGUGAUGAUCUCGGACCAUAUUUCAUUAUUAUUAAAGCGACAGAAAAUCCUUACUACUACAGGUCUUACGGCAUGUAUUCGGAGUACAAGAGACAUCUUCAGAGAGACAAUGUGCGAUGGGAUAAUUUGCUGGCUUUUGAAGCUUUCUCAAUCGACUAUAAUAAAGGGAAGUACCGAACUUCGAAAUUGCUUUUCUAGAGUUUUUAUGAGGCCUCAUCACGAUGGAUGUGCCAAUCAGCCUCUUCCCGUCUAUAAAAAUGGUGUCCUUCUUUCCCCAGCGCAGCUCAAGUAUGUUCCCUUUCAAAAUGAAUAUAUGCCAUCGGAAUUGGUUUGGAGUAUACCUGAUGAUAUUAAAAAAGAAUGCCGCUAUGAGGAUUUAGCUUUUGUGCUCCCUCGUGAAGGGGACGGAUCUUAUACAUUUUCCGCUUCGAGGUUUCAAUUUAUUCUUUUUUACGACAUUCGUUUGUGCCGCCUAAGUCGAUUGCGCCUUCAUGAUAUGUUAGUUUUGAUGCUUGUGAACAAUUUAAGAUAUAAGAUGUUAACUACAGCCCAAUUUUUGGAUAUAUACGAUGAUUUGCUCACGUUAUUUUUAUCCUUUGAUAGGGAGCCUGAAUGUUCAAUAAUGCCUACUUUAACGACACAAUUAUUCACAUGCCCCUCUUCUUGUACGGCUAUUCUUCGCCAUGGUGAUGUUUAUAAGAUGAUACGUUCUGUUGACAACUAUCUUCGGUUUGGAGCAACAAGUACAAGUGUUAGAUCUCCGUUUGCGUUAAAUAAAGAUGGUUUAUUAGUUUCUUCACUCCGAAAUCGGAAGUGGGGACAUAUGUUCAUGGAUCUUAAUUACAUAAUUACAAGAAACCCGGACUUGCUCUCCAUAGUAUACUUUUUACAGUGUUUUCCAAAAAUUGUCCAUAUGUUUAGUCUUCUUCAAUCGAGACCAAUGCUAAAACGUGAAGCUGCUAAGCAUGUUGAAUAUGAAUUCACAGAUUAUGGUAUAUUUUUUAAUGCGGCGUCGGUGGUUGCACAUUUUGGCGAAAGUAUAGGGAAGGUGUUUAAUAGAUUAGAUGAGGCUCAUCUAAGAUUGAGAAAUGGAGGUUUUAUUUCAGACAUGCUUUAUUCUCCAUUAAUUGAUAAGAUGGUCGAAAUAUCAUUUUUACCACACCAAAACUUUUUUAACUCGAAUAGCAAAACUCUCGGGAUGGUGAUUGAGGAAAGGGAAGCUCCAAUAAAGUUUAUUAAUAUCUCUUGCGACGAUGGAACAAUUCGUCGAUACGUUGAUUUUGAUGUUCUCUCCGGAAAGGUAAGUUUCAUUCAUCCGUUACAUAGUACGUUAGCAUGGAUUAUGGAAACCGACCAAAGUUUAAAUUCACCCACCAUGAUGGGUCGAGUUAUGCAGUUGAUUAAUGAUAUAACUUUUAAGCAAGUGCCUUCCGCCCAUGAUGGUGAUGGCGUGAAAGGUCUUUUUGAUAUUCCACUCCGAACUUUGGUUUGGAUGUCUCAAAUAAAGGUUGGCUUGUGGGUUAGAAAUGGUCUAAGUGUCCGAACACAAAUGAAUAUUUACAAGUAUUCCGGUAUAAGAGAGUGUGGUUUUAUGAAAGAUUUGUUUCUCACACAGGUUUUAUGCUCGUAUCUUUCUCCUGAAGAAGGUAUGUCUACAUUACUACGCAGAUGGGGUCUGCUUGAAUGGUCAGAAAUGCGUUAUGAACUUUGUAAAUAUGGUCCACAGCAUACAAAUGAAAUGGUGGAGGAAUUUUUACUUUUUAUGAUAAAUUUGCUAACCGAGGACUUUCAUCUAAAGAAGAGGUUUGCCGUGGAAACCCUAGAUAUGGUUAUAGCGAGAGAACUCAUUCAUACGCUAUGCUUUAAACCAUUGAAUUAUAGCAAGAUGAUCUCCUUGAUUCCAGAACACAUUUGUGCAGAGAAAAGAUUCUUCAUAAUAUUUGAGAAGUUCACAGAAGAAAUUCCUGAUAAGAAUCAUUCAUCCACUCAAAUGCAAGAAUUGAAGACAUACAAAUUGAAGGAUGAAUAUUUUUCCUUGGUUGAUCCUUUCUAUAUUUAUUAUUCGGCGAACAGACGGGAAGACUGUGUUAAAGUUUUAAAGGAAAGAAUUAGGAAGAAGAUUUUUAAGGAAAAGCAAAAAAAGGUUUCAAUUUCGGAAAUCGUGCUACCACCCAAGCAUGUUGAUUGGAGUACAAGCCCAUAUUCCGCCCUUCCAAAAAUUUGCUGUUCAAGGAGCUUUUUACAAUUUAUAGGCGCGUGCCUUCAAUAUUGUACGCAUAAAUCUGAUAAUAAUGACACAAGCAUGUCCGGCAAAGAGUCUAUUUUUUCACUUUUACUUCAUCUUCUUCACAUUGCUGUUGAUCAAGAGCAGCUAACCAAUUUUGGCUCUGAGUAUCUGUACCAUACAAAUAUUCCUCGUCUACUAUUUUCUUUGCUUAUGGAUAGUCGAUACUGCUCAUUUGCCCCAAAAAUACGGGCAAUCCUUCACAUAUUUUCCCAUGAAUGUGGACUUAAUGAGGAACAGGUUAAGCAUGUUAUUCCUGAAUAUGUAGAAGAUUUAGUUAUACCUCAUUCAGUGAACUAUACAGAGGAAGCGAGAAAGAGAAAGAAAUUGCUUGCAAAAAAGAAAAGGGAUAGAAUUCUUGCUAAGAUCAAGCAUCAACAGAAAAUGUUUGAAGAAAAGCAUUCGGAUGAAAUGGCUAUCGAUAAUGGCUUGGAAACUACGAAAAUUAAUGUUGAUGUGAAUAUGAAUGGUGAUGACGAAUCUGUUGAGCAAGAAGUUGAUAAUUCGUGGAAUUUUCCUGAGGAAAGGUGCAUACUUUGUCAGAUGCUUCCUGAAUCAUCGGAUGAGCCAUUUGGAAUUUUUAGUCAUGUUUCCCUAGGAAACGAAUUUAGGCAAGUGCCUUACUCCGAUAAGGAUCAAUAUUGGUUUUACAAAGCAUUCAGCGACAAUCCGAAUUUGGACGAAAAAUCGAAGUAUACCGAUUCAGAAUUACCGAAUAAAUCCUAUUUGCAAGCGUAUCUUCAGGAUAUUGAAUCAAAGAGUGUAAUUGGUCCUGGGUUCCCCAAUACAGAUUCCUGUUGGAAUGAAAAUUAUCCGAUCAUUACAAGUUGUUGUCACGGAAUGCAUUUCUCAUGCUAUCUAAAUUAUAUCAAGUCAAUCAAGUCAAAGCAAAUUUCACAGAUUACUAGAACUAUUCCUGAAGACUUGCAGAAGCAUGAGUUUUUAUGUCCUUUAUGCAAAGCGGUGAAUAAUAUUUUUGUGCCUGUCAUCUAUGGCAGCAGUGCAGAGAGUUUUACGGAACAAUUUGGAACUCCAAUUAGUAUUUCGUGCUUGAAUAGUAUGGAGAAUGCAUCGUUGGAUACUCAGAUGCAAAUUUAUACUCAACAUGCUGAUGAUUGUGUUUCGGUAGUCAAGAAUGAAUUAGUUAAUUCGGUCAAACAAAAAGUUAAGUUGAAUCAUUGGUUUAUUGAAGAAAAUAACACAACCAUUGACACAAAAUCCAAAGCGUUUAUUGCUUUGGAGCAGGCAAUCGGGGUAAUGUCUACUUUGUCGCUUCCAUUUGAUGGAAUCAGUUCAGCUAUAUCCUCUACAAUAGAAUCAGCUGAGAUUUCUUUGCGAGGAAUUGGAUACGAUGAGAUAUCAAAUAAGAAUAUUUCUCGUGUUGUUCAAACAGUUCAGUCCCAGUUGUCAAAUCAGAUGAUUACGAAUCUUCGUGUUUGGUGUCAGUUUAGAGAUUUAGUGAGGUCUACUGAAACUGUAACGUCGACGGCUCCAAUAAAUUCAUCGUCCAUGAUUGGAAAAAAUGAGAAACAGUUUCUUGGGUAUCCAUACAGGCUAUUAGGGCUUAUAAGCAACAUAUGUCACGAUGAUGAUGCCCUUUACGAUGGAGAAGACUACUUUAGAUUACUAGUAGGGGCCGAACCAUUGAGAUCAUUGGGGUUGAGCUUUCAGCGACUCGCCGCCAUCUGUUAUAAAAAGCAUGUUAAACAGUGCUUGUUAAAAAUUUACACUGUUUUACAACAUGAUGGUAACUCGCUUAAUGGAGACUUGCUCUCGUGUAUUGGCAAUGUUAAACUAACAGACCAUGCAAAAGAAGUCUUGAGGGAUGCAUUAAUGGCAUAUCUUGGAACAGAUGGCCUCACCCUUUCUCUUGAUAUCGGAAAGGUUAUAUAUGGAAUGUUAGUCAGGCUUGUAACGCCAUUUUUGAGAAGGGUUCUAAUUUAUUCCUUUAUUCAAUUUGCAAAUAUAUCAAACGAUGAACUAUCUCACAGAGUGCAGAAUUGCGUUUCGGGACUAGAAUGUGACAGGAUAUGCAUGACCCUUGGCAUUCCACCAUUGGAGGAGGUUGUACUUAGCCUGCAGCCUGUUAAUUUUCAAAAUGUGAGCCCUGAGAACAGAGUAAAAUUAUACGAUUCCAGGAUAUACUAUCCGGGCAGAAUUAGAUUAAUUAAUUUGCCUAUCAGACUGAAUGACUUUUUCACUAAUAUAUGCGGGAAAUUGAGCUCUGGCAACCAACCCUCAGAGCCUGCUGUCUGUCUUUUCUGUGGUGAAGUCUUGGAUAUGCAAAAGACACAGUAUGGUGAUACCUACGGAUCCUGUCAUACCCAUGUUAUUUGGGAUUGUAUCGACAGCAAUGGACUAGGGGUGUUCUUUGUGCCGAGGAACAAUUGUGUUCUUCUGUUGAGCCGGAAAAAGGGAACAUUUAUUGAAGGGCCAUAUGUUGAUAUUCAUGGAGAAUGCGACAUGGACUCGAAGAAGGGGCACGAUUUACAUUUGUGUGAAAAAAAGUUUGAUGAGCUCUCAAGAAUUAUUUGGCUUGAGCAUAACAUACAGAACCAUAUAUCAAGACAGAUGGAAUGCCAAGUUGAUAUUGGUGGUUGGCAGACUCUUUGA